AGGAAAAAUAUGUUUACCAUAAUUUUACUCUUCUUGCUCCUGAACAUUCCACUUCUUGUGGCUGAUUUUAUUUAUCCCAGAUGCUUUUGGAGAAUGAAGCAGAAAGAAGAAAAGAAUGGAAACAUGGGAAUCGGAUGUACUUUCUUGAUGCAUGCAGUAAAACGGCAUUUGGAGAAUGAAUACUUCAGUCACAUUUCAAAUAUACAAACACAUACUGAAAACCACAAGUAUGCUCUGGCUUUGGCUUUUUCCAUAUAUGAAAUCAACAGGAACCCUGAUCUUUUGCCAAAUAUGUCUCUAAUAUCUAAAUUCUCAGAAUAUUCUUGUGAUUGGGAAUCUGAGUUAAACAGUCUCAUUUCUAUGGGAUUACAAAAUCAUGAUAUUCUCCCUAAUUAUGUCUGUAAAGAAUUCUCCAAGUGUGUAAUGGCAAUUACAAGACUAAAUUGGGCAACAACUGUGACACUUCACAUAAUCCUAAACAACUUCAUAUCUCAGCAGUUCCUUCAUCUUACUUAUGGAUCCUAUCAUCCUGUCUUGAGUGAUGAUGAAAAAUUUCCAUAUCUAUAUCAGAUGGCCUCUGAUGAUACAUCUCUAGCCCUUGCUUUGGUCUCCUUCAUAAUUCAUUUCAGUUGGAACUGGGUAGGGUUGGUCAUCUUAGACAAUGAUCAAGGCAUCCAAUUUCUCUCUUAUUUGAGAAGAGAGAUGGAAAAAAAUACAGUCUGCUUUGCCUUUGUCAACAUUCUUCCAGUCAAUAUGAGUUCAUACAUGUCAAGAGCUGAAGUGUAUUACAGACAAAUCAUGACAUCAUCCGCAAAUGUUGUUAUCAUUUAUGGCGACACAGACAGUACAUUAGCUGUGAGCUUUGGAAUGUGGGAAUCUCUAGGUAUACACAAAAUAUGGAUCACCACCUCACAGUGGGACGUCACUCCUAGUAUGAAAGACUUCACAUUUGGUAACGGAUACUGGACUUUUGCUUUUGGACACCACCAUGGUGAGAUUUCUGGGUUUAAAACUUUUGUCCAGAAAUUGAACCCUGUCAAAUACUCAGAUGAAUUUCUGGUAAAGCUGGAAUGGAUGCACUUUAACUGUGAAGUCUCAGCAUCUAAAUGUAAGACACUGAAGAACUGCUCUUCCAAUCACUCACUGGAAUGGCUAAUGGUACAAACUUUUGACAUGGCCUUUAUUGAAGGGAGUUAUGACAUAUACAAUGCUGUGUAUGCUUUUGCCCAUGCACUCCAUGAGAUGACGUUUCAAAAGUUUGAUAAUAUGACUGAGGACAAUGGCAAAAAUUAUAGUUAUAGCUGUAAGAAGCUGUGUUCCUUGCUGAGGAAGAACCCGUUCACUAAUCCUGUUGGGGACAGAGUAAAUAUGAACCGAAGAGACAAACUGCAGGAAGUGUAUGAUAUUUUCUAUAUUUGGAAUUCCCCACAGGGCCUUAAACUUAAAGUUAAAACAGGAAUGUUUAGUCCAUAUUUUCCAAAUGGUCAACAGAUACAUUUCUCUGAAGAUGUAACAGAGUGGGCCGGAGGAAAUGCACAGAUGCCAACUUCUGUAUGCAGUGCUGAUUGUGGUCCUGGAUAUAGAAAAUUCGGGAAGGAUGGAAUGGCAACAUGCUGUUUUCAUUGCAAACCCUGCCCAGAAAAUGAGAUUUCGAAUGAGACAAAUAUUGAUUUGUGUGCCCGAUGUCCAGAGGACCAAUAUCCAAACACAGAGCAGAGUCACUGCAUUCCCAAAGCUGUUGUAUUUCUCAGCUAUGAAGAACCCCUGGGAAUGGCAAUUUCCUUAAUCUCAUUGUGCUUCUCUGCAUUCACAACUGUGGUUCUUGGAAUUUUUAUGAAGCAUCACAGCACUCCUAUUAUCAAGGCCAAUAACUGCACUCUCACCUACAUCUUGCUCAUCUCACUCAUCUUUUGUUUCCUCUGCCCCUUGCUCUUCAUUGGCCAUCCAAACUCAGCUACCUGCAUCCUGCAACAAAUCACAUUUGGAGUGGUAUUCUCUGUUUCUGUUUCCACUGUGUUGGCCAAAACAAUUACUGUCGUUCUAGCAUUCGAAAUCACAGCCUCACAAAGAAUGAUGAAGUAUAUUCUUGUUUCAAGGGCUUCUAACUACAUCAUUCUCGUGUGUACUCUCAUUCAAGUCAUUUUAUGUGCAGUCUGGUUGGGAGCUUCUCCUCCUUCUGUGGAUAUUGAUGCACAAUCUGAGCAUGGCCAUAUAAUCAUUGUUUGUCAUAAGGGUUCAGUCACUGCCUUUUACUGUGUAUUGGGAUACUUGGGUACCCUGGCCUUUGGGAGCUUCACUCUGGCUUUCUUUUCCAGAAAUCUUCCUGGUGCUUUCAAUGAAGCCAAAUCCAUAACAUUCAGCAUGCUGGUGUUCUGCAGUGUCUGGGUCACUUUCAUUCCUGUUUACCAUAGCAGCAAAGGCAAGAUGAUGGUGGCGGUGGAGAUAUUCUCCACUUUGGCCUCCAGUGCAGGGAUGCUGGGAUGCAUCUUUGUUCCCAAAUGUUACACAGUAUUGUUCAGACCAGAACAAAAUUCUCUUCAAAUGGUCAGGGUGAAAUCAUCUUCCCAUGUUCAUAUUUCAUAA